UUAUCUGGGGUUCCCACAUUGAUGGCGAUCACGCUCGUUGACCCCCCCACCAAUAUGCGCAUCAGCGAAGCAGAUCAUUCCUGUCAUCGGAUGGCCACUAAUACUAUGUGCUACUAGCGGUGGUACAUAAUGCUACGGUCAAAUUACCAGAAUUGGAAGGACCUGAUCCCGCCUUCCAAGUUUCAUUGAGCCUCACCUCAAUCUGUUCAUGAUCUGUGUUUCUUUUCUGUUGACCCCAUCGCGAUGCAUUUUCUAUAGACAGACUGCUGGCUGGCGCCGCGAAUGCACAUCUUUAGCUUGCCGGCAACAAACAAAAGAUCGCCGAAGAGGAUGAUGACAUGAUGUCUCAACUUUGAGGCCAAAAUGGAUCACCAAAAAAAUAUGAAGAAGCGUUUAUGCAUUUGUACGAUGGGGAGAUUUUCCUAGCCUUUUAUGCGAUGUCUCUUGGGGGGAGAAUCGGUGCUGCAUUGGACGGAAAAAACUGGUAUUUCGUUACGUUGAUUUACUCGGGCGGUUUUGGUUCUUCAAGCUCUUCUCAAAUCCUUUGUGUUUUUCUUUUCGUUACUACCCUCUGAUGUUCUUAAACGGUUUGGAUUGGAUUGAAUUUGCGUUGACUUCCACGCGCUGCUCUCGCCCCCUGGCAGCAGAGAGGACUACGAGAUGAGAGAGCGUAGUAUCUUCUUUUAUAGUGUUGUUUGGGAAAGGGGCUUCUUUUUGUUUGGCUGGAAAAAAAAAAAAAAAUUUUCUCUGGGUGGUGGAACAAAACAAAAAAGGGAAUGGAGAUACAUAAAAAGUUGCGCGUAUUUUUCUUUUAUGCUUAAAACAGGAAAUGGUUUUUUAUAGAGAGCAAUUCAAAAGGGAAAAAGGGAGCUUAUUUUGCCCUGGUCACUGAAAACUUGCGUGGGCAAUGGCGUGGAAAGCAGAGUAUCUCUAGUGAAAAGGUAGAGCACUAUUAAUAUGGAUCGACUGCUAAGCUCUUCAUCAAAGUUAACCUUUUGUCACCCCGAUGUACUUGUGGUGUACUGCGCCAGUACUCCGUAUCUAUCAAAACGUAUUGUACUUGUAAUCCCGCCAAAUAAGGCUGAAAGGAAAAAAAGACCCUGUCAGAAUCAGACAAGGGGGCAUAUCGUUACCUCUUUAAGGUGGACGAGCAAAGGUUCCUUCCUGCUAUCGUGUAUGUACGUGUCCUUUUUUUUUUUUUCACAUGCACGUUGAGUUUCGAGUUGAUUAGCCGGUGUAGCGAGAGCCGAAAGAUGAGACGGAAGGAUUAAUUGUCCCCUGUAUGCUUGUACUAAAUGUCAAGGAGGAGGGCGCGUGUAAGGGAGACGAUUACAGAGGCGGAGUGGGAGAGAGGGAGAAGUAAGCAAAUACAGCAGCUUAUACACCAUGGUCUUGAAACAUAUAUCAACUACAACAAAACUAUUUCACAAGCAUACCAUUUCAUGAAAUGCAAGCAAAGCAAGCAAGCAACCAACACCCUGAAAUGCUCAUCGGACAAGUAAAAGAACAAAAAGAAAAAAAAGGAAUGCUCCGCCGUCCCCCCAAAAGCCAG